AUGGGAGCACGAAUUGAAGUGCUACUUUCGCCCAAAACUGUUCAGCGCGAAUUCCGAAGUCUUUACUCGGGCAACCGGCCUCCCAAAUCACUACCCUGGGAUACCCCAGACAAGCUACCGACAUACGCGGCGAACGCGGGAGCCACCCUUUUUGGCCGCCAGUACCUUUCGGUCGUAUUCGACGAAGCCCAAGGCGCUCGCAACACCGGGCAGAAGCACUCUUCCGCCCUUCAAAUCUUCGAGCACGCCCACGUCCGUUUAGUCCUCACAGCGACCCCACUGCAGACGUCGACCAAGGACAUCUCCGCCAUGGGGCGCAUGGUUGGAAUCCCUUACUUUUUCGAGAGGGCAUCGUACGAAGAAGAAAGAGCAGACUCCAAUGCUCUCCGGCGGGCCAAACUCGACCGAUCUGAAGAUUUCGAUGAAGGCGACGAGGACGACCCUGUUCGGAACCUCCAAAUCACGAUUUCAGCCCGCCUUCAAGCCAAAUUCCAAGGUCUUCUCAUCAAGAGAGCUGCAGACAGCGUGGAUUUCGAGGGUAACCCGCUCAUCUCCCUUCCCCCACUCCGGGUCAUCCACGGCCUUGUCAAGUUAACUGAGCGAGAGCAAGAACUUAUCGAGCAAGUUACAGAGCACGGUCUCGAGAGUGCAUCCAUCGCCAACAGUCGCAAUAUCACAUGUAGCAGCUUCUACCUCGCCCAUCGCCAGACCGUCACCUUCGCCCGCGAAGACCCAAACGAACCUAUUCCCGAAUUCAAAACCCUCGAGUCCUGGGAGCAGCGCAAGUCAACCAAAAUCGAUACCGUCGUCAAAAUUGUUCAGCACCUUAUCUCACGAGAUGACGCUUCGAUCCCCGAAUUCCGCGACGGCCAAGUCGUAUAUCCUGAUUCUCCCAGUACCUCCACGUUCACCCGCGACAGGAAGCCUCCUAAGGUUUGGGGUACCUCCGCGCUCACACUACCGAAGAUCUUCCAUCUUCACGGUAUCAAAGUACUUUCUAUCGAUGGCGCCACGCCAAUCGACCAGCGCUCGGCCACCGUCGCCAAGUUCAACACCGACCCCGACUACCGCGUCCUCAUCUUCUCGAAAGUUGGCUCCACUGGUCUCAACUUGACCCGAGCAAACAUCAUCCUUUUUUUGGACCAGCCCAUGGCCGAGAUGUUAAAGCUUUUCAAAUCCCGAUCUCAUAUUCGUUCCCUCACUCUCGAAUCCACUUGCUCCGUCCCUUAG